AUGAUUCCUAUAUGUAACGCAUGUGAAGCAAACACUCCUUCUGCAAGAUCUUCUCCGAUACCUCCAACUGUUACGCACCAAACGCCGUCUUCACCUGUCGUUCCUCGGUCUCUCACGCAUCAUGUGUCGCAUACUCAACUUUCUCCCUCUCCGCCGUCACGCCUGUCCCAUGCGUUGCCUGUAGCCACACACAAGCCUCUCGCCCAAAGGGCCUCGCUUGCGCAGCUCUUCACACCUUCUCCAACUUCAACAUCCCUGGCGGGCCUCGAAUGCACACUUGGAGAACGCUGUACCUGCCUGCCAGUGGGGGUUGAUUGUUGGAAGACAUAA